GAUCUGAACGUUUGCUUAUGAAAAUAAUACAUGACGAGCGAUAGCCAGGAAAAUAUAAAUAUCAGUACCGCCAAUAGCAGUUACGAUUACGACGACGAACGGAGCGCCGAAAUUCUCAGUCGUAUCCAGAACGAAACCAAUCGAAUUCGCAGGAAGCGACGGAACCGGGAUUUUGUGGAAGGUGCACCAGGAACACCCGGUGGGAACAGCAGUUACGACGAUAUAAGUCUUGGAGGAUCUCUGGCGUCGUCGUCUCAGCAAGGCUCACCUCMGAAACUCAACUGGAACGACAUUGUUGACAGCAGUAAGCGGUCCAAUCAAAGAUCAAGUGAAAAGGGCAGUAAUUUUUUGAGUCAGGAAACAACCAAAGACCAUCGGACUCAUCUCACAGUCGAGUUGAAAAGAACGUCCCCGCAUAGUAAGAGCUAUAAUAAUCGACACGAGUCAGAACCUUCUGUAUCGUCCUCGGACCUAAUUUAUUCUGGAAUUGAGUUGAAAGGUUCAAGCGGUGAGAGCACAUCAUCGAAGAGUGGAAACAGUGUUGUGCAGAGCAACCAACGGAAAUCGAGCUUCUUCCCCCUGCGAUUUUCUAAGAACAUGAGUACGACGGCUGCCGAAAUCCAUAAGGAAAAUGAGGCGUUCCGGAAAAAGCUCAUCGAUGAGGUUUUGGGCAAGGAAUCAGGUGAAAAGGUUCCUAUGGAAAAGGUCAUGAUGAUUAUCUGGCAGUUUCGGGACGAUAAGGAGGUGAUCAAAUUUAUGACACGCUUUGUCAGCAAGGUACGUUCUGUUGUGUUGCAGUCUUUGUAAUGAAACGAAACAAACCAUAAUGAAUUGCAUUCCAGCAAAUCAUUCAGAGGAGGACAAGAAGGCGGUAUUUGUUAAAAGCGAGAAUCGACGAAUAAGUUUGGAAUAACGGUUGUGGCGUUGGGUGAAUCGAUAUUCUAUGACAAUACAGACGCAGCAACCUCGGCUAACUUGUGUUUUUUUUUUCGUUCGAACUCUUUGGUUGUCUUCUUCCAGUUCGCUGGCCAUCGAGACGUCUUUGAAGGAAUUGAAUUUUAUCUUCCCCAAUUGGCGCACAUGAUUAUUCACCUGGAAACCGAGUGGGACGAUGCCAUUCUCGAGCGAUUCAGUCUCGUGAUUGCCCAGCAAUCUAUUCACUUUGCCCUGCAACUCAACUGGAUUCUGGCCGGUGCAAUUGAGGAUUACCAACCGGAACUUCCCGAUGGUACCCCAAAUCCCACCCACAAUCCGUUGUAUUACGUCCGGUGCGUCAAGCUUCUAACCAACAUUGAGCGGUGCGUUGUCUACCGAAAACCACGGAGCCGAGAACUUCAGCGUCUUUACGAAAAGGGUAACAUUACCAAGGCGGAGAUGCACAGCCUCGAACAAGCCGACCGGAGGUUCACUGCCAUGCAGAUUACAGCCAAUACCCCAGAAGUAGAAGAUGAAGAGAUCUUUGGAGGAGAACUCAUGUACAAGCGGGCCGUCAGGACCUCAUGUUUCAAGUUCAAACGCUGGAAGAAACGAUACUUUGCGAUCGAAGAGCGCAUGCUUAAUUGCUAUAACGUGGAGGGCGGAACUCUGGUGCGUUCCAUGCCACUAGAAGGUGCCACAGUCCAAGUAAUGAAAAAAAGCAAGUACGAUAAUAUGUUCAGAGUGACUAAUCGUAGCUUUGAGUUUCGCAUCCGGGCAAGCUCUCUGGAGGAACGAAACAAGUGGACCAAGAUGCUUGGCACCGAGGCAUCCACUCGCCGCGUCUUUGGUCACACCGAUGCAUCACUAGCUCUUGAUGACAACGAGGAUGCCCAGCGAGUCAUUGAGGAACUGACGCCAUCGCAGCGGGAUCGGUACCACUUUUAUCGACAAGAGCGAGACUUUGUCCGACGCCUCACCGAUGUUGCCGAAGAUCUUCGCUUCCUCGACCCCGCCGAUCGAAAGAAAGAGGCACCGGGCUUGAUGAAAAAGCUGGAGAUCCCCUCCUAUUCUUAUUCACCCCUGAUGAGCUCUACGGACAUUUUUCGCCGCAUUCAUUCUGCACUCUGGAAGGAUACCCGAGUCUUCAACACAAAGGCUCGGUGCCCAACAGUGAUGUACUUUUUGGGAGUUCGGGGAGAAUUGGAAUACAAGGGCAAACGACACGCCAACAUGGACAUUGCAGAGUAUAUUCACCUCAAAUUUGACUCGAGUCUAGACGAUAGAGACACGAAAGUGACAACAAUUUUCGAAAAUGGUCAGGAGAUGCUCGAGGUCAAGAUGGACACAUUUCCGAGUCUUAGCGAUGAAAAAGAAACCCUUGUUGUGAAGAAAGUAGUACCUACCAUAGAGGAGGGAGAUGAAAACGAAAAGAGCUCCAAUGAUCUCACAGAACUUGAUCGACCUACAGACAGCAAGUCACCAGAUUUCUUUUCCACGCCACAGAAAGAGGACCGAUCAAGCAUGGUUUGGUCAGGAAGCUUUACAGAGAAUGCUGUGGAGGCAACGCCCAACAAGCGUCAGUCGGGAAAGGGAAGUCCAGUGAGAGCUAACCGCCAGCUUAGGAAGUUUUUGCGAGAAUCCAUGGUCAGCAUGCCGCGCAAACUGGCACAC